AUGGUGCUCGCCAACGGAUCGAUCGUAACCGCGUCCAACACCUCGAAUCCGGACCUGCUCGUUGCGAUAAAAGGAGGCGGGAACGCAUUCGGUAUCGUGACCAAAUAUGUCCUGCAAGCAUACACCAUGGGUCAGAUAUGGGGUGGCAACCUGAUCUUCGACAGCAGCGACAAGACGGACGAGCUUCUCGAGGCCAUUCGAGACUUCACCGAGAACUACAACGAUCCGAAAGCGGCUAUCAUUGCGACCUCAGAGCUGACCCUCUCCAACAACGUCAACCUCUGGGUCCUCUUCCUCUUCUACGACGGGCCGCAACCUCCAAACGGUAUCUUUGACGGGUUCCUCAAGGCCGGGCCGACCCUCAACACUUGCAAGGCGAGGUCGUACGCGGAUUUCCUCAAGGCCAACGAUUUGUUCGUCCUGAAGGGCAGCGUCUACACCAUCUCCACGGAGACGACGCCGCUACCGCCCGCGGCUGCGGGGCCCAAGGUGAUGCGCUCAUACUAUGACCACUGGCAUAACACAUCGGCAGCGAGUUCCGGGGUGGCCGGGGUGAUUGCCUCGAUGGCCUUCCAGCCGAUCCCUAAAUCGCUGGCCCGAAUCGCCAGGGAAAAGGGCGGGGACCUGCUGGACUUGGACGACAGCGUCGACAGGAUCAUGUUUGAGUUCGACUACUCUUAUCUCUUCCAACUCGACGACGCCAAGAUCGACCAGACGAUGGUCAACCUGUAUUCCGGGAUGAAGUCCAGGGUGGAUGGGUUCGUGAAGGACGGCACGCUCCCGGACGCCUACAGACCGCUGUUCAUGAACGAUGGGUACUUUCGACAGGACUACUGGGGGAGGCUGAGGCCCGAAAAGAAGCAGUUCGCUCAGACGGUUCGGGCUUCCGUUGACCCAGACGGCAUGUUUCAGCAGCGAACAGGCGGGUUCAGACUCGGCACAGAAGCCGCCGCCGCCGUCAGGCCCGCCGGGUUAUCCACUGAGUCCACCGAGUCGUCCGUCAGCUCCGGGGCUUCUUAUGCAGCAUCGCUCGGACUAGGCGUGAUGCUGUCUCUAGUAUUGCUAAGCACCAUCGUGGUCUACUCUUCAUGA